CCCACUCUCCCUUCCCAAUUCCCUUCCCGAUUCAAUUCAAUCGCCCUUUUCCCGAAGCCUCCACGGGUCUCGACCACCGCGAAAGCCCUUCACUUUCCUAGGUGAUUGAUUAAUGGACGCCAGUUGUCUGCGAUAACUCCCUACGCGCCAUGGCUUCUCACCGGGCGAAAUUGGCCGAGCUGCGUGCCCUGCGUGCCGCAGGAAAGAAACGUCUUUCGACUUACGAAAUCGAGGAACAGGGCGACAUUUAUGAAGAGGUCGACGAUGACGGAUAUAAGAAGAUCAUCCGGAAUCGGCUGGAUGAGGAUGACUUCGUUGUUGACGAUAAUGGUGAGGGGUAUGCGGACGACGGUCGCGAGGUCUGGAAUGAGCAGUCUGCCGGUUACUACGAUAGUGAGAGCGACGAUGAUGAACUGCCGGCGAAUAGCAAGGCGGCGAAACGGAAACGAGAGGAAGAGAAGCAGCGACAAGAGAAGAUGAAUAACGGUAUCUCGAAAUACUUCAACAAGGGGGCUGCUGCUGCUGCUGCGCCGAAACCGAAGCCAGUGGCUACCGCGGAAGACGACGCUUUCAUGGCCGAUCUUCUCGGAGAGGUCGACACCAAUGUCGUUUCGAAUCAUGUGCCUCCGCCGCAGAAUGUGAUCAAGUCAGAGACGCGGCGCAAAGUUCGCAUCCUUUCACCACCGCUAGCCCAGAGAACACGCCCCGAAAGGAAACCCCAACCCCCAAAGGACGAGAAUAGCGACCCCGUUUUGCCGGGCGAGGAAACAUCGACACUUGAUCUAGACAACGAUGACGGCCCCCUUCCCGCCGCCGAUGACGACGACGACGUGCCGAUGAGCGAUCCGAUGCCCUCUUCGCCCACGAGCAAGGCUGUGGAGAGGAAGGCCGCCGUUCCCGUGAAGGCCGAGGAGUUUGAUGACGACGAUAAUGAUUUGAUGGAAGUGGCUCAAGCUACUGGGGACCAUGAAGCUAAAGCAGCAAGCGUGAACAUGGCUGGAAGUCGGCCUCCCCCUAAGCUGAAGAAGGAAAUUCUGCCUACGCCGGCCAGCUCCUCGCCAAUGAAAGCAGCGCCGGAUGUUGUCGAUGCGUCGUGGAAUGAUGUGCGUAGCAAGUUGAAUGUCCUCAACAGCCCGGCAUCGGAGACGCGAACAGCACCCGGUAAGCUGCGAGCGCAAGACGUUGUUGAGGCAGAUGGAAGCGUGCGCAUGUUCUGGCUGGAUUUUACCGAAGUCAAUGGCAGCCUGUGCUUAUUUGGAAAAGUCAAGAACAAGCAGACGGGUGCUUUUGCUAGUGCUUUCGUGAAAGUUGACAACAUCCUGCGAAAGCUCUACUUCCUUCCCCGAGAACACAGGCACAAGCAUGGCCGUUCCACCGGGGAAGAGGUCGACAUGGAAGAUGUUUACCAAGAAGUCGACGAUAUGAUGUCGCGACUGAAAGUAGGCAUGCACAAGAUCAAGCCGUGUACUCGCAAAUACGCGUUUGAAAUGCCCGGUAUCCCGAAAGAGGCCGACUACCUCAAGCUGCUAUACCCUUAUGAUAAACCGGCCCUGCCGAUGGACGCCAAGGGGGAAACAUUCUCCAACGUUUUCGGAACCAACACUUCCUUGUUCGAACAAUUCGUCCUAUGGAAGAACAUCAUGGGUCCCUGUUGGCUCGAAAUCAAGGAGGCCGAUCUCUCCGCCGUCAAUAACGCUUCCUGGUGUAAAUUCGAAUGCCAGGCCUCCAAGCCUGCGCUCAUUUCCCCCGUGCCCGAUUCGGAGAAUCUAGACGCCCCGCCUCUUACGUUGAUGAGUCUAUCGUUCCGGACACAACUCAAUGUGAAGGAAAACAAGCAGGAGAUCCUGGUUGCAAGUGCUCGCGUGUACGAGAAUGUUUCGCUCACGGAGACGACGCCCCCCGAGAGACUCCCUUGCAAGACGUUCACAGUUAUGCGUCCUGUGGGCUCUUCCUACCCCAUGCAUUUCGAAGCGGAGACCCGAAAGCAACGAGGAACGUAUAUGCUAGAGAAGAGCGAGCAGUUCUUGCUCAGCAAAUUCCUCGCGUUAUUCGAGAAAAUGGAUCCCGAUGUCUUGAUGGGGCAUCAGCUGCAGGAGGUGGAUCUCAGCAUUCUACUCAGCAGACUGAAAGAAAAGAAAACUCCGGGUUGGCAUCGAUUGGGUCGACUUAAGCGUGGAGACUGGCCCAAGAACUUCAAUAGAGGAGGGGGCGGCUUUUUCGCUGAGAGACAUCUGGUUGCGGGUCGGUUGAUGUGUGACGUUGCUAACGAUAUGGGCAAGUCUCUCAUGAUGAAAUGUCAGUCGUGGAGUUUGACGGAGAUGUGCGAACUGUACCUUGGCCAGGGCAACACGCGGCAGGAUUUGGACACCGAGGCAGCAUUGAAAUCAUGGGCCAAUUCGAAAGAGGGUCUGAUGAAUUUCGUGAACCAUUGCGAUGCCGACACCUACUUCAUCGCCGCAUUGGUUCUGCGGCUGCAGAUGUUGCCUCUAACCAAGGUUCUCACGAAUAUCGCCGGUAACUCGUGGGCGCGAACACUCAGCGGUACGCGUGCUGAGCGGAACGAGUACAUUCUCCUACAUGAAUUCCAUCGCAACAAGUACAUUUGCCCCGAUAAAUACUCCUCCAAGUUGCAGAAGGCCGAAGAAAAGUUGCAAGAGGCCGAUGAUGACGAUACGACGGACAAGAAAAAGAAGGACAAAUACAAGGGUGGUCUUGUUUUUGAACCCGAGAAAGGCCUCUAUGAUAAGUUCGUUCUGGUCAUGGAUUUCAACAGUUUGUAUCCCAGCAUUAUCCAGGAGUACAACAUCUGUUUUACAACGGUGGAACGGACCGCGACUGCCGAGAAUGAGAACGAGGAGAAGGUGCCCGAAAUCCCUUCUUCAGACCAGGAUCAAGGUAUCUUGCCUCGACUAAUUUCAACUCUGGUCGGUCGUCGGCGAGAAGUGAAAAAGUUGAUGAAAGACAAACGAGCGACCCCUGAGCAACUUGCGCUGUGGGACACCAAGCAGCUGGCCUUUAAGCUGACAGCCAAUUCCAUGUACGGGUGUCUGGGAUACACGCAAAGUCGCUUCUACGCUCGUCCGUUGGCAAUGCUCACCACAUUCAAAGGUCGUGAGAUUCUAAGGAGCACCAAGGAACUGGCCGAGUCCAAACAACUGAGAGUCAUCUAUGGUGAUACUGACUCCGUCAUGAUCAACACCAACAUGGAUACCAUCAGUGAUGCGUUCAAGGUCGGGGAGGAAUUCAAGAAGGAGGUGAACGAGCGGUACCGUCUCUUGGAGAUUGAUAUUGAUAACAUCUUCCGCCGUCUCCUCCUGCAUGCAAAGAAGAAAUAUGCUGCCGUGAACAUGACCGAAGUGGACGGCAAAUAUGUAGACAAGCUGGAAGUUAAGGGUCUCGAUAUGAAGCGCCGUGAAUACUGUGCGCUGUCCAAGGAAGUCUCCCAAAGGCUUUUGAACGAGGUUCUCUCUGGUGAUGAUCAAGAGGUAGUCCUUAACCGAGUACACGACUACUUGCGAGAGCUGGCGGGCAAGAUGCGGGAAUUUACGAUUCCUGUCCAGAAAUAUGUGAUCUACACGAAACUUUCCAAACGGCCCGAAGAAUAUCCUAAUAAAGAAACGAUGCCGCCAGCACAGGUUGCUCUUCGUGAGCUUGCCCGUGGCAAAUCAGUCAGGCCCAACGACGUUAUCUCUUACAUUGUGACCAAUGGAGAUUCAGAAACGGCCUCUCUUCCCCCCGCCAAGCGGUCCUACACACUUCAAGAUGUGAUGAAGAGCGGCUCGGAGCUCAAACCCGACAUUGAGUUCUAUCUUCUCAAACAGAUCUUCCCCCCUAUUGAACGUCUGUGUGCCCCAAUUCCUGGCACCGAUGCUGUUCGGCUGGCCGAAUGCUUGGGUCUGGAUGUUCGCAAAUACCAAAUCAAUAGCUCCUCCAGUGGAGGCACUCAGCAGAACGCGGAGAUCACCCCAUUGGAAUCUCAGAUUCCAGACUCCGUUCGUUUCGAGAAUGCUGCCCGGCUGACGCUCACCUGUCGAUUCUGCAAGGAAAAAUCGGUUUUCGAAGGAUUGGUAGACUCUUCUCACAUGUGCAAUGCUCACGGCGUCAUUUGCCCGAACCCCUCCUGUCAGAAACAAUUCUCGGUCUUGACGAUCGUUGCGCAACUGGAAAGCCAAAUCCGGGCUCAGACCUCCAAGUACUACGAGGGUUGGCUUGUCUGUGAUGAUACAGCCUGCGGCAACCGGACCCGACAGAUGAGCGUAUACGGACGACGAUGUCUUGGGCCCCGGGGCCACGCCGAAGGCUGCCUUGGCCGAAUGACUUACGAGUACUCCGAGAAGCGGAUCUACAAUCAGCUCCUCUAUUUCGCAGGCCUCUGGGAUGUGGAAAAGGCUCGCCGCGCCAUGGAGAAGGAGGCCGGUGGGGAGAAGAAAGACAGCGUUGUGGCGCUGGUUGAGUUCAACCGUGAUAGAUUUGGAACCGUCAAGGGCGUGGUGGAAGCCUAUUUGAAAAAGUGCGGUCGCCAAUGGGUGGAAAUGGACAGUCUGUUUCGCUUUAUGCUCCCUUGAGCCUUUGGUGGCUGGGGUUUCUGGGUUUUGUAUAUACUAGUUAAGCUCUCCAUAUUUUCGUUAUUGUGUGUGGACCCGGCAAUUCGGUUUGGAUGAUGGGAUGAACGAACUUUAGGCAUGAAAUAAUCUAUUACAUUGCAUCU